AUGCUCACAUCCCCUGGGGAAGUCAUCACUUCCGCAAUGGAGUUUAUGAGGGGACAUGGUACGUUUGUAGAAGACGGAAGUGUAGUAGCGAGCUUGAGCGGGACGAUCGAGAGGGUUAACAAACUGGUCUCGGUGCGGGCGUUACAGACGAGGUAUCACGGAGAGGUCGGUGAUCUGGUUGUGGGGCGAAUCACAGAAGUCCAAGCUGCCAGAUGGAAAGUGGACGUCAACAGCCACCAGGAUGCAAUACUUCGGUUAUCAUCCGUGAACCUUCCUGGAGGUGUACAAAGAAGGAAGUUAGAAAGUGACGAGCUAGAGAUGCGCAAGUUCUUCGAGGAGGGCGAUCUCCUAGUGGCAGAAGUGCAGCCUAUGCACGGAGACGGCGUGCUUAGUCUCCACACGCGGUCACUAAAGUACGGCAAACUGCGGAACGGCCAGCUGAUCAGCGUUUCCCCCGUACUUAUCCGUCGCCGGAGCACCCAUUUCUGUACCUUGCCCUGCGGGGUAGAUCUCAUACUGGGCAUGAACGGCUAUAUCUGGAUCGCGAAACACGUUGCCGAGAACGAGCGAGAAGGCGAAGAGGGGUUCGACGCCGAAGCAGUGUAUUCGAAUAAAAAUGACGAUAUCGACCUGGAAACCCGGGCUGCCAUCUCCCGUGUUAGUAAUCUGAUCAGCAUCUUCGCUCGCCAUUCGGUACCGCUCACAGAUACGAUUCUUGCCAAGGCGUAUGAUUGGGCCGUGCAGCAGGAGCUGUCUCCAAAAGACUUGCUCAGGACGGAGACUGGGGAUAAUAUGGUGGAGAUGGUCACGGCUCUCGCGUGA